ACCUGAAUUUCCUUCCUGUGAUCUCGGCUUUUCCAAUAAUGUAUAUAAUAUAUUAUUUGAAAUGUACAAAAACGAACAAAUAGGAAACUAACUGCCCCAAAUGUGAUGGAAUUUUCGGGGAUUUGGAACCAAAUUUUGAUAAAUCCGACGACGGUGUGUUUUCAACCGAAUCCGCUAAUUGAAGGAAUUCAAGUAAUUACUCCUUACGUCACUUCCAGCGACACAAGUUCCUCAAUUAAUUCGGAGAGUAGUGUGGCGAUUCAAGAAGAAGAUGAAGUUGAUGAAGAAAUUAAUAGUCCUGAAGAUGACGAAAAAGGUGAAAAGGAUGUUGAGCAGAAAAAAGCAAUUCAAAGAGUUAGGUACUCGAAAGAGGAAUAUCGGUGCAAGCAAUGCCCUUACACAUGCACCACCGAAAAGGCGUUUUUGCAUCAUUUGAGGUGGUGCGAAGACAAAUCGACCAAAAAACUCCUCUCGUGUCCUGUUUGUGGCAAAGAUAGGAGAAGCGAGGAGACUCUCUCGAUUCACAUGAUGAAGCAUAAACAAGACAAGUAUUUUUGUUGUGAUAUUUGUAAAUUUAAAACCAUUCAAUUGAAAAAGCUCAUCCAACAUAGGCGAAUGCAUACAGGAGAAAAGCCGCAUUUGUGUCCCUUUUGUAGUUACCGAUCGUCGAGGAGAGACAAUUUAAGGUCUCAUGUAAGAAGGGUUCAUAAAAAACAAGAUCUGCCAUGUGAUACUUUUACGCCAAGAAGCAUGGUUUUGUCUCCUAGAAAACCAAUUAGUAAUUAAUAUAAUUUUGUUGUUGAUGUUUUACACCAUAUUUUAGUAAAUUUUUAUAAUAAUUUUAAACAAAGUGUUACUAUUAUUACUGCUAAAUGGGUCUGUUGAGAACAACAGUUAAAGUUUUG